CGUAUAUUUGGGUUAAGUUCUCUCAGCAGUCGGGAAAUGCUGUCGCCUUGUGAGGCGCGAUAGCGAAGGAUACCCCUUUCUGGAGCUGUGUCUGCAUCUCUGGAAGAAGUGCCGCGCACCACGAGAGAAGAGUCCGUGAAGCAUGCUACGCGUGCUGCUCAUUAUCAGCACGGCUUCCGUGCUGGCCGCAGCGCGAAGAAUGGCCGGGCCCAUGAUGGUAGACCUGUCAUAUGCCUUUGACAAGAGCACGCUCUAUCCCAAGGAGGCCGGAAAUUUCACGCUUGAUGUGAGGCACGGAAAGACCAAAUACGGAGUGCGAUACCAAGAAGAAAUCUUCAUGGCACCUACCGAAGGAGGGACCUGCAUGAUUACUCCUCGACUCCUGAUGAAGGGCCGGUGGUCUAUUAUGGACAUACCCCUUAACCGUCUUGUAGCUGCAGGUGUUGUAAUAGACGUCAGCCUUCAGGUUAUGCGCAACAGAAACUAUCAACUCCUCACGUCUGACGUUCUCCGGUGGGAAGACAUCCACGGGAAGCUACCCCAGGGAUGUAUCCUGCUAAUACGGACAGGCUGGAGUCGUUACUGGCCAUCUUGGAAGAAAUACCACGGUCUAGGGAACGUAACAUACGAUGUUCCGCAUCAUCCUGGAAUUCACCCAGAUACCGCAACGUGGCUAAUAUCAAAACGAAAGCUCUACGGUGUUGGCAUCGAUGGCCCUUCACUUGAUUACGGCAUGUCCAAGAAUUUGGGGGCACAGCACGUCUUUCUAGCCGCUAACACCUACGGACUUCUAAACGUGGCCAACAUGAAGGAGUUGCCGUCUGCAGGGUUUACGAUGUUUGUGUUCCCAAUGAAGAUCCGUGGAGCUAGUGCGUCGCCUGUGCGUAUCUUAGCUGUAGUACCUUGAGAGACAGCAUGACUUAAGGACCAUGCGCAUUUCUGACGUGUCAUCAAAGGUACUGUCACAGGCGUAUCAUGGUGUAACUAAUGGUACACCUCCACUGUGAAAACUUAGAAAGUGUGACAGAUGCCGCGAUUUCUAGAAAUAUUUAGAGAGCGAAAGCGGAAGAGGGAAAAAGAACCGCGUGACUCUGCACUACAUAUGCUUAUCGCAGAGCCGAAGGGCAAAAAGAAAACAUAAAUGAAAGACAGCAGGGAAAACGAGAAGGAAAAAGUGAACUACCGAAUCCACAGCCAGAGGAACGACCAAGGCAAAGCCAACUACAGAGAGCUCGACAGUCUGAAAAGCAACGACUAGCCAUUAUGUUGAUCAGGAAGCGCUCGCGACAGUCGGCACACGAGCCACUCGAUGUACCCUAUUUCUUAUUUAUUUCUUGGGGCUAUAAAGUCAAGAAUGAGGGACGUACGUAUGCGUUUCUACGUGCUGCGGGUUGUGUAGAUAAACGAAAUGAGUGUGAACUGCUUUAGCCGCAGUUUCGUGUAUUAAAUUAU